AUGUUACGGCAGAGGGUUGCUUUUUUUGUCACCGUCAAAGGGGAGCCCGCAGACCCAUUUCCUUGCAAGGUUAACCCAACAACGGUCACUGUUGAGGAGCUCCUCCUUCGGAUUCGAGACAAAGAGGAGAAGGACAAGGAGCUGCAGAUUAUCCUCAAGUUGUACCUGGAUGCCAAGAUUAACGAAAUCACCGUCGAUGUCGGGUUUUCGACCAAAGGGUUCUCAUCUUUCAGUAUGGUGGACGUUGAGGCGAGGGUGGGCACUCAACAGAUUGAUCGAAUGCGCCUGAAGGUGGUUGAUUGUGAUAGCGGAGAAAGGCAGGAGGCGUUGAAGAUCCUUUUGGAGGUCCUCAAGUUCGCCAGGGGAUCGAUGGGCAAUUCAAGUGAGGCGUGCAUGAUAAGGUUCGCCGGCUUGUUUUUCAUGAUGGCCUGUGCCUUGUUCCCAGAUCUCGAUCUCGUCCCUGAGAAGAGCAUUACGGGAAGAUGGGGCACGGACCAGGUGAACUACUUGAUCGAGCCGAGGAACGCAAUGGAUGCGAGCAUGGUCGGUGUCGUCGAGGCCAAUAAGGGGACGACGUUCGUAUCGGGUUUUCCUCUGAAUGUAGCGCUGCUCGGGGUGACACUUUUCAACCGGAUGAAGCUCGAUUGUCGACACAACGGCAAGCCAGUCGUGGCUGAUGCCAGCAAGUGGGAGUUCGUCGAGUGUAAGAUGAAGGCGGCCGCGGCGAUCGGCAACGAUCACAGACUUGUCGUGAAAGGGGAGAUACCUCCGGUGACCGUAAACUACAAGGACGAUAAGUGA